AAUUGUCAAAUUAAUUGUCAAACUAAUGUAUCUUAAAUAGACACACCAUAUUAUCAAAGUAAACUUUCAAUCAACGAUUAACGAAGUUAACUUGUGGAUUAACGGUGCCUGCGCCUACCUGUGUUGAUGACUAUAAAGUGUUUUUCAACAUGGAUAUAUGAAAUAAUAGGUUAAUGAGAAGGCCUGGUAUAGUUUGUACUAUGUUUUUAUACUUCUAACAACUAUGCUACACAGCAGUAUAAAGAGAUGGGAGCAAGCACACACAUUUUUCUUGAAGAUAUUGAUAUUAUUCCCGACGUGCACAAACUAUGCAGAUUAUGUCUCCGUAAGACAGAAGACAGCUUACCAAUUUACAGAGACCCCAAACCUGAAACCUGUCCUGAUGUAGCUUCGCGGAUAUCGACGUGUGUGGGGAUUGAGGUCUCAAUGGACGAUUGUCUCCCUAAUAAGUUGUGUAAGCAGUGCUAUCGAGAAAUUGAAAGGUGUUAUAUCUUUCGAAAAAAAUGUGAAGACACUAACAAAAAGCUACAGUUACAUGCUAAAGCUGUGAGGGAAAAUAAAAAAAUAUUAGAGAACCAAGGCAUUGUUAAAACACCUGUUAAACAAGAAAACAAUGAUUCAUUAUUAUUAGUUAGUAAAGAAACAAAAAGUGUCAAAACCUAUGCUAAUAGGCUAGCAAAUAAAAAAAAUAAUGGCAACUUACACAGCAACACAAAAAAAGAGAUUCAAGAAAGUAAGCCAAAAGUUGAAUCAGAAAAAGUGGAGCCUAGUUUUGAAGCAUUUCUGAAAACGGUUCUUUUGCAACUAGGUGUAGUUGAAACAAAAGAUGAAAAGAUUAUAUUAAAUAACCCUAAUGUGAAGGCAUUAGAAAUAGAGACUCACAGUGGAAAGGUAUUGGUGGAGCUCACUGAGGAAGAUGAUCAGGAUAAUAAUGAGAACCAUUUAAGUGACAAUGCUAUCAGUACCAGUAAUAGUGUUAAUAGUAUUCAGACUUCAGAAAAAAAUGCUUCAAUAAAGUUAGAACAAGAUACCAAUGGAAAGAUCAGUGUAGUGUCGGGGGGUGUGUCGGAGGGCGUGUCGGGGGUGGGUCAGUGGGUGCGGUGCGAGACUUGCAGCAAGCAGUUCGCGUCGCGCAGCGCGCUGCGGCGACACGAGCGCGUGCACUCCGGGGAGCGGCCGCACGCCUGCCGCGUCUGCCGCCGCACCUUCGCCCAGCGCUCCGUCAUGCUGCGCCACGAGCUCGUACACAGAGAGCAGCGUCCGCACCAGUGCCUUAUUUGCCCCAAGAGCUUCACGCAGCGGGCGGCCCUCGACGCGCACGCGCUGGCGCACGCGGAGCCCCAGCGGCGCGCUCUCAGUCUGCGCCCCUGCCCGCAUUGCAAUAAGGUCUUCCUCUACGCCUCCGGACUAUCUCGUCACAUGCGCGUGCACAGCGGCCGCGUGUUCGAGUGCGGCGAGUGCGCGCGUCCCUUCGGCGACAAGAGCUCGCUGCUGCGGCACCUGCGCAGCGUGCCACACCCCCCGCGGGCCACGCCCCAACACAGUGUCGCCACGCCUCUGUACAGUGUGGUCACGACCCUACACAGUGUGGACACGCCCCCCGCCAUGACACAACAAUGACCCUCCCUCAUAUGAUUCUCAAGUUUGCUGCAAUCUUCUUAGAACCCUAUCUAAAAGGAGUAGAGUUGAGAAAAACAGUAACUAACUUGUUCAAGUGACUUUAUGAAACUUAAGAAGUUUCUUAAUAUUUCUUAGUAAAACAAUUAUGAAUAUUAGGAAAAGUGAAGUAAUAUGUAAAAUGACAUCACAAUCCAAUAACCACAUGUUUAAGAGAAAAUGUUUUAUUUGUUCUGGUCCCAACGAAGAGACCCCAGAGCUUAUUUAUUUAUAGGACUGAAAAUAGAUUGUAUAAAAUGAAAUACAUUGUGAUAGUACAAUAAAAUAUAUUUUUGUCAAUUAUCGAGAUUUAUUUCUUUUCUGCAGCAUGUCGUCUGAAUUUUCAGCAUUUUUAUAAACACACGGAACAAAAAAUAAAAAAUACAGAGACAGAGAUGAGCUCGGGGGACACGGGACUCGGGACAGUAUCAUCACUGAAUUAAUAAAACACGAUCAAUAUUUUACUUAAACAUUUUUAUUUGAAAAAAAUUUCGUCCUAGAUUGAAAGGCAACAUGGUAUAGUAUAAGAUUGGAAAGGUCGCAACGCGCGGCGGCGGUGCGGCGGCGGCGCGGCUGCGGCACGGCUGCGACACGGCUGCGGCGCGGCCGAUGGCACUCACAUUACAAACGACUCGUACUAAUUAUUGCAACUAUUUGUCACCCAAUCAAGUGAACACGCGACCGCAUUGUAACAUAUGGAAUGCCUUCAAAAGUCACUUACAAAAUAACAUUAUACACAUCGUAUAAAGCAUACAAUAAAACAUCUGGCAGAGUUAGUGUCGGGUGUGUGGUGAGGCGCCUGCGAGCUACCACGCGCUGGAGCGCCGCGGGAACGGACCGGCGUAAUUACACUUGAAGCUCUAUUCGACCUACAUCUACGAUAUAAAUGAUUAUAAAAAUAAAUAAGGGGGACGCCCCCCUCCCUCUCACCCCCACGCUCAAAAACACUUCGGACGUCCUUUGAGCAAGACUCUCAAUAAAUUUAAGUAUCCUCAAAUAUAUUGGUGUUUGUUUGACAUUCGGCGCACGAUAUAUAAAGUAGUUAUCGAUUAAAAUCCAAAAUACUUAUAAUUAAUAAUAAAAACAAAGGUGUGUGCAGUGGCGGGUCGCGCCACGCUCCUCGACUAUUCGGUUAUAGCACAUUAUAUUCUAAAAUAAAAUUACUAAUAUGUAAUAAGCAAUAUUUACACUUAGACCCGACUAGCGCCGGCCGCCGGCUCCGGCUGCUCCGACACCUAAUUUGAGCUUUCGCACUAUGUAAUGAGGUCUAAUUUCUCGCGGAGUUAUGGACGGUGCGCCCCGCGCCCUGGACACAUCGCAGUCAGCCGUGAGCUUUACUGUGUGUAAACUGAUUCAUUUCAAACUUACAAAUGCACAAACAGUGUGACAGACUGUCGGAGCGGCUCGCGAUGUAUCCGCAGGCGGUGGCGGCGACUCGGCCGCUACAAUAUCGGCUUGAUGCGUUACGCUACAAUAUAUCCUACUGCGACG